AUGGGCCCCGAAAAUGGUGUCUCAGACACCCCAAAGGGGUACACAAUGUCUUUCAAACUGUCCAAAAAUUUGACAUAUUUUCACUCCCUGAAUUCAGAUCUGGCCUUGGUUUGGCACCAAAAAUUCACACUGGACAGCUACCAAAUUGGUGGUGUUUGGUUGUCCGCAACUAAUUGGGUCACCUCCCUUGAGGUUUCAGUGGGUAUCAAGCUUCCCAGGUCCCUGCAGACUGGGGUCACCAGGAAGUACAGAGUCCCACACUACUCUGACAUCAAUCUCAGAAAAUUCAAGACACAAGGCUUCAAGAAACAUGAAGUGAGCUGUAAGAAGUGUAAGGACACUGAGGCAGAACAAGCAGUGUUCAUCAUUCAAUAUGACAAGAUCAAAGGAAAGAAUGCUCCCCCAACAAUUGGAGAUCAUGAUCCUCUAGCUGACCCUGUGCUGCCAGCAGAUAACCUGGACACAGGCAAUUUCAAAGCCUAUGAUGGGAACUAUGACAGGAACUUCAAGGGUGCCAACAGCCCAGCCAGCAAGUUGAACCACAACCCACAAUUCCUCUUUAAUGGCACAUUAAAUUCAAAAUGGAGUACCAUCCUUCCACUGACUGUGAACCGCUCCUUCAAACCUUUCAGGAGUUUGGCAUCAACACAUCCUGAAGAAGAGCUUCCCAUGGAAUGA